AUGGCGUCCAAUGAAAAAACAAAACGGGCUGGCACUCACGAUAAAUGCCGGAACGUUUCCCGCGUAGACCUCGUUCCGGGAUCACAUCUCCGCACAUGCGUAGUACCAGAGCAUCCAUAUUUCCCGGCACUUUGUUGUGCAGACUCAGAGGUUGUACUUGAGACUAUACCAUCCAGCACGCUGGCGGAAAUAAAGGAAAAGAAGCGCCCAGGGCCAGGGGAUGCUGGUGAGGAUGAUGAUGGCGAGGAGGAGGAAGAGUAUACUGUUGAGAAAGUUGUAGAUGUUCGAAUGAAGUCUGGCAAGCGAGAGUAUCUCCUCAAAUGGAAAGGAUAUCCAGAUUCUGAGAACACAUGGGAACCAGAAGAAAAUCUUGAUUGUCCAGACUUAAUAGCAGUUUAUGAAGAUAAAAGGAAAAAGAGGGAACAAGAAAAGAAGCGAAAAACAUCUAAUGGAAUGGAAGAUGGGACAACAAAGAAAAAGAAAAAAGUUACAGAAGUAAAAACAAUAGAAGAAGACAACAAACCGAGAGGGUUUGACCGGGGACUACAACCAGAAAGGAUUAUUGGUGCUACAGACAGUUCAGGAGAAUUAAUGUUUUUAAUGAAAUGGAAAGACAGCGAUGAAGCUGACUUGGUACCGGCAAGACAAGCCAAUGUUAAAUGUCCACAGAUUGUUAUUGCAUUUUACGAAGAGAGGCUCACCUGGCACACACAUAAUGAUAAUGAAGAAGAGGAGAGUAAAGAAGAAAGUGCAAAAUCAUAAACUUUGAGUGAUUAGGGGGUAGGGUGGGAGGGGAGGGGACAGGAAGAGUUUGUAUAACCUUGCCUGGUGGGCAUUUAGACAAAGCUGCAUAUUUCAUGUAGCUGAAAAAUGGACAGGAAAUUCAGAAGUGUUAAUAUGGUGAAAUAAACAAUUGAAUGUGAAAAUGUUGGUGUAUCUACUAUCUACAGGAAAUUUCAUCAGUAUGUCAUACUCUCCGUAUCUUCAGCUGAAAUUGAAACUAAAUCUUUUUUUUUAUUCUGAAUCAUGGAUAUUUUAAACAUGAAUGAUAAGCUUGAAAAGAAAUAAUGUUGUGUGCUGAAGAAGUUCCGGAUGGCCAGCCUAUCCUGAGCAUUGAAUGCCCAUCAGGUUUGGUUAUAGUUCUUGGGAUGGUUGCAUCAUUUUAGGAUUUGUUGUGUAACAUUUCAUGCUACAUCACUUUCCUCCUUUUUAUCAUUAAAUUGUCUAUUCAUUGAUUGUCGAGUUAUUCACAUGCAAGGGACGUGUGUCAUUUAUAGAUCAAUGUCAGCCUAACAUGUAAUGGAUAUUGUGUGUAGUCUUUACAUAUUCAAUCAAUAUUUCUUGACUGCGUGGCAGUGUUUAGAUGCUGUAGCUUUAUUGACACUUCUUGCACUCCAGUAAUGUUUGUGGUCUUUGGUAAAUUCUGAGCUCGGGGUGGGUUGUAGGGUUGUGUAUUUACGCCCUUGCCUAAUUUAUUGGUAUUAUCUUUUGACCAGCUUAACAUCCAGUGCAGGAAGUGUCACAUCAAUUGAACUUUUUGCUCUUUUCAAAGGUAAUGCGUAGUUUGGAUCAUUAUUAUUUUUUGGGGAAAAAAGUGUCAUUGGAGCAAAUUGUUCAGUUUAAACAGUUUAUUGAUGUUUUAUGGUUCUAUCUAUAGCUAUCAAGUGUGCUUGUAAAUAUAUUUCAUUUGUCAUGCAAAAACAAAAAUCCAUUUUUGAUGGUAAGUACAAUUUGUUUUUCCUUGAAAAUAUUGUUCUUAGAAUUCUUAUAAAACCUUCAAAAAAUCUUCACUUCUUUUUAUGUCUUCGAUAAGAUUGAAAAAUUUACCAAGAAAGCAAUGGUUUGAAUAUUUAUCAAGUUUUUUGUUUUGUUUUUUUUUUUUCAAAAAAAAACCCCAUCCUAAUCUUAAUUGAUAUGAAUAUAUGGUCAUUUUAAACUUUACACUUCUUAUUGCUACAAAGUGAAGUAAUUUCAUCGGAAAGUAUGGAGAAAACUUGUGACAAAGACCUUUGUAGGCAUUGAAAGUAUUAAGGUUUUGUGCCAUAAUUGUAUACCUGUAUAUAAGUAACUUUUCAUUUCCUUUUUUAUUUCAUUUUUAGAUCUGUAUCAUGUCAUAGAAAAUGUUUAAAGGUUCUACUUUUAAUCUAGAUAAUUAAUGUAGGAGAAAGUAAUGUAUAACAUCAACUUGGUAGUGUCAAAAUGGUUCAGCAUUCCACAAGGUUAGCUUGCAUGACUUGGUCGUGUUAUGUUCCUUAAAUUAACAAAGUUUUUAAUGUGAUUGAGACAUUUUGUUAUGGUGGAGUAGCAGAAAAAGGCAAAUCAGCAAAUUCUUCAUCUGAUAUGGCAAGUUUUAGCGAAAAGUUAUCAUUAUCAUUUGAUAAAAGAUGCAGUACUUUGACAAUAUUUCCUAGCCAAUGACUGUAUUGUACAUAUUUUCAAGACGUACUCAUACCAACACCAUGUUGUUUGGGUCACAAACUUGUAAUCUUCAGUUAUGUUAAUAUAGUCCCAUUGGGUGUUUCAGCAACAGUUGACAAUUUCAAGCUUAAUUUUAACUGGUAAGGUAAUCUUGAAUUUUGCACACACAAAUUGGAGUGAUGGCAUUUUAUUGUAGUGAAGAUACCUUAGGCAUUAUUUUGAAAAUUAUUGGUUCUCUGAAAUUGGGGGGUGUCUUCCUUUUUUAUGUAGUGGCCCUGAAUCAUGCAGUAUAUAUCUGAUGCUGUGUAAAAAUAUUUGAAUAUCAAAAUAGCUAUUGUUUGUAAGCAGUGAUAAUGAUGUACAUCUGUUGUAUAAAGCAACUAUUAAAAGUAAACUGACCAUGCUUUUUAUUAAGAGUGUCCAGACACACAACAUGGCUUUAAAAGUCAGUAUAUCAUUGGAAGGGUAAUAAAGCAUGGUCAGCUUGCUGGGUCUUGUUGAGAGCCUGGUCAUGCAUAGAAAUUUACAAUUUACACCAUCAACUUUUGACCAGAGUUUAUAGAAGAUAAAUUGUAAUCUUAAAUUUUGGUCCAGUAUAUAUAUCUUCUUCUUUUUUUAGUUACUGCUUUAUGAGAUGAGCAAAAACCCAUCCCCUUGGUAAUGGUGUCGUGUCCAGGCUUUUAAACUACAUAACCGUAUCCAAAUGUUGUAUUAUAAAGUUUGUGUGGAGAGAUGACUGAUUUUCUAAAUCGCACAUUGUAUAAAUCAUCAAGUAAGGUUUGGGCAGCUGUAUCAAGCAUUUUGUUCAAACAAGAACGGAACUCAAUUUCAUGUGAUGUAGUAAUCAUUUUAUUGAUGUUUUUGAAUAAAAAUGUCAUGCAAUAU